GCAGUGGCCCGACGGCGACCGUGUGUUUCCAAAAUGGCGGCAGCGAUGGAUGUGGAUACCCCGAGCGGCACCAACAGCGGCGCGGGCAAGAAGCGCUUUGAAGUUAAAAAGUGGAAUGCAGUAGCCCUCUGGGCCUGGGAUAUUGUGGUUGAUAACUGUGCCAUCUGCAGGAACCACAUUAUGGAUCUUUGUAUAGAAUGUCAAGCUAACCAGGCGUCUGCUACUUCAGAAGAGUGUACUGUUGCAUGGGGAGUCUGUAACCAUGCUUUUCACUUCCACUGCAUCUCUCGUUGGCUCAAAACACGACAGGUGUGUCCAUUGGACAACAGAGAGUGGGAAUUCCAAAAGUAUGGGCACUAGAAAAAAGAAUUCUUCCAUCAAGCUUAACUGUUUUGUUACUUAAUGACUUGCCCUCCUGUAACUUAAUUAUAAAAUAGAUAAAACUGUGUCUUUUCCGCUUUGUCUUUUCAGUUUGCUUUUCCUGCAGCCUUAUUGUAUUCUGUGUCAAAUAAAGUCCUGUUGGAUUCUAGCACAGAUGCUGUCUCUUGUAUAUGUGGAAAAAAUGAACAUAAGUGAAGGGUCUCCUUUUCUGAUGCUGUAAAGUUAACUUUUGAAAAUGAAGUUUGUCCAUUAGAACCGGAACAGGGUUGUCCUGUGAGCGCAUCGCUUAGUCAUAAGAAACUGGACUGUGAAGAGGAGCGUGGAUCCAGGUGCCUGAAAACAGCAGUUAGCCCUGUCUUCCUCCUGGGUGACAGCAGUGGGCAGCUGAAGGAGAGAAGACCUUGACAGUCAGAGUCAUCCAGCUCCGCUCUGAGUCCUGGCUCCACAGCCCCAUUUUGGGCAAGUCGCAGCUCUACUCUUGAGCUUUCCUCUAGAAUGUGGGUCUCUGUGGACCAAAUGGCCUCACAUGGCCACAGAAAGAGGCUAUGUAAAAUGUAAAAACCACUAUACAAAUAAUUAAAUUUUUUUGUGUAUGA